AUGGGUUUCCUCUCGGCGAAGCUGCUGCCGUCGUGCGAGAGCAUGUGCGUGUGCUGCCCCGCGCUGCGCCCGAGCUCGCGCCGCCCCGUCAAGCGCUACAAGAAGCUGCUCGCCGAGAUAUUCCCCAAGACGCCCGAUGGUGCUCCAAAUGAGAGGAAAAUAGUGAAGUUGUGCGAGUAUGCUGCGAAGAACCCACUGCGCAUACCAAAGAUUGCCAAGUUUCUAGAGCAGAGGAGUCACAAGGAGCUGCGCUCUGCUCAUGUGAACUUUGUCAGAAUCAUCACUGAAGCUUACAGCAAGCUACUCUUCAUUUGUAAGGAGCAGAUGGCAUAUUUUGCGAUCAGCCUAGUGAAUGUCCUUACCGAGCUUCUGGAAAGCAAGCAGGAGAAUAUUCACAUCCUUGGGUGUCAAACUUUAGCAAACUUUAUUAACAGUCAGGUAGACAACUCAUAUGCACGCAAUAUUGAAAGCUUGGUGCACAAAGUAUGUGCGCUUUCACGUCAACAGGGAGAGGAGCACAGGCUUCUGAGGGCAGCAAGCUUGCAGUGCCUGUCAGCAAUGAUCUGGUUCAUGAAGAAGCAUUCAUACAUAUUUGCUGAUUUUGAUGAGAUAGUGCAUUCAGUGUUGGAAAAUUAUAGGACGGAGGAAUCUAAUGGCGGUGGUGAUGACAGACAUGCAUUGCAGCAUAAUUGGGUUGAUGAAAUAGCAAGGUCUGAGGGUAGACCUGGCGUAGGUGGUGGUAACGAUGUGAAUAUUAACACUACAACUAUUAGGCUGCGACCAGCAAGAAAUUCGUCAGCUCUUACCAGGGAUGAACGUGACUCCCCAGAAGUAUGGUCGCAUAUUUGUGUCCAAAAGCUUGCAGAACUGGCCAAAGAGAGUACAACCAUGCGUCGCAUUCUAGAUCCAAUGCUUUCAUACUUUGAUAUGAAGAAACAGUGGGCCCCACGACAUGGAUUGGCUUUGCUUGUUUUGUCUGAUAUGGCUUAUCUGGAAAAGAGUUCAGGCAAUGAACAGCUUAUUCUAACUACCGUCAUCCGGCACUUGGAUCACAAAAAUGUUGUACAUGAUCCUCAGACAAAAUCAGAUAUUAUUCAGACAGCAACGUCCUUGGCACAGCAACUUCGAUCUCGAGGAUUUGCUGUUGAACUUGUAGUGGCAGGUGACUUGUGCAAGCACUUAAGGAAAACACUAGAGGCUGUGGAGUCAGGCAAUGUCGAAGAUCAGAAUUUGAAUGAAUCUCUUCAGAAUUUCUUGGAGGACUGUCUUAUGGAAAUUGUUAGAGGAAUUAAUGACGUGCGGCCACUCUAUGAUAUGAUGACAAUCACAUUGGAGAAUUUGCCUUCUAUGCCAACUGUUGCCAGAGCAACCCUUGGAAGUUUGCUGAUCCUUUCACACAUAAUCUCGUUGACAUCAGUAUCGUCUAACAGUCCUAUGGUAUUUCCAGAAGCACUUCUCCAGCAGAUACUGAAGUUCAUGAUACAUACUGAUAUCGACACUCGUGUGGGAGCGCACCACAUGUUUUCCGCUAUUAUUGUCCGAGGGCCAAGCCAUCUGCGGAGUGAAUCAGAGUACCUAUACGAAACAAAAAAGCAGUCUCGGACUACAUCUGUAUUUGCUUCAGCUACUGCUCUACUGGAGAAGUUAAGGAGAGAAAAGGAGAGUUUAAGUUCAGAUAAGCCUCGAAAUAUCAUGCAUGAUGAUGUGAAGGAAAUGAACAUGCAUGAAGAGGAUAAACGGAAAAAUCCAGCUUAUUUCUCUAAGCUGGUUUCCUCUUUCGUUGAAAGAUGUGCAAAGCGAAGUAGCUCUGUAGAGGAGACCAAUAUUGCCAUGCUAACUGAAGAUCAAACCAACCAAUUGCUGUCUUCAUUCUGGAUUCAGGCCAAUCAAACAGAUAAUACUCCUUUUAAUUAUGAGGCUAUUGGCCAUUCAUACAGCCUAACAGUUCUUUCUUCCCGCCUUAAGAAUUCAAGCAACGGCAAUAUCAUUCAGUUUUUCCAGUUGCCAUUGUCCCUUCGAAGUGUUGCUUUAACCCCGAGUGAAGUUCUGCCGGCUUCUUGCCAACGGUCUAUUUUUACAUUAGCAAUGAGUAUGCUGGCUUUUGCUGGAAAAGUUUGUCACAUCACUGAACUGUCAGACUUGCUAAGGUGUUUUUCAUCUUCCAAAAUUGACCCUUACCUAAGAAUAGGUGAAGACUUGCAACUCUAUGUAAGGUUGCAAUCGGAUCUAGGUAGCUAUGGUUCUGAAAGUGAUCAGGAGGUUGCCAAAUCCAUGCUUUCUGACUGCAGGACAAAAGUAGGGAUUAACGAUCAGCGAGUGCUUGAUGUUAUUGCCUCUGCACUUUCUAAUUUCAUUGAGAUGGGCAAGGAUGUACUAACAAAGGAGCUCACUGAGAUGUUCACACCUGAAGAGAUGCCUCUGUUUGGGUCAAAUUCAGCACUUGACUGGUCCAACUUCAAUGCGCAAGCAUUUUCUGAUGAAUCCCUUUCUUUUGAUGAGGAAUGUUCAAGAACCUCUUCAGUAGAUUGUGGCUUGCACGAGUCACCAAUAACCAACACUGCUAGCUCCAUCUCAAAGAUUACUCUACCACAGUCUGUCCCACAUGUUUUAGGUGUCGGUCAAUUGUUGGAAUCAGCACUACAUGUGGCUGGCCAGGUUGCAGGUGCAUCUGUUUCAACCUCACCUCUUCCAUAUGGUACAAUGACUAGUCAAUGUGAAGCCCUUGGAUUGGGAACCAGGAAGAAGCUAUCAAGCUGGCUUGUCAAUGGACACGAAUCAACCCCGGACAAUCCUAUGCCAAGUCUUCCCACUGCCCAUCAUUCCAUCAUUCCCAAGGUAAACUCUGCCAUGUUCCGCACAUUAUCUGAACCAUGUUCUGCAGUGAAGCUUCCACCUGCCAGCCCCUUCGAUAACUUCCUGAAGGCUGCCAAUCGCACCCAGCCGGAGCUGUGA